AUGGACUCCGAGAGCCUGACCCUGACUAUGGUUAAAGAUAACGUCCGCAAUCUGCUACACCCGCUCGAGUCCUGGCAACAGCUGCGCGAAAAACCGGCGAUCGCUGUUCGCCUAGUAACCCAGCGCUUGCCACGAUUUCCAGCAACAACGGCGAAGAAAACGAGCAAAUCCAAGGGCCGCGGGCGCGGUCGGAAGAGCGCGCGCGGCCGCAAAGCCUCGUCCACUGCUGGCAAAAAGACCACCGCCGCCAUCGAAGAGGAGGAAGAAAUCGAGCAGAAUCUGUCGGCCACCGAAGAUGACGCCGAGAACCACGCAAAAGGCGAGCCCUCCCGGUGCAACAAGUUUGAGGAGGAAGAUGAUGAGCGAAGCCUGUUGGCCGACACGAUUGAGCCCCCAACAUUCUCUCCGUUGGGUCGAACGGGGCCACCGGAGCCGUUGCACCAGAACAAGAAGCUCAGAUGGGACCACAAGGUGAAUCUGAUCGGUGAGAAGCUCAUCAAUCCGAUGAUCCACUGCUGCGACAAAUGCACCUUGCCCAUUUUGACUUAUGGUCGGAUGAUACCGUGUAAACAUGUGUUUUGCUAUGAUUGUGCUAAGAAGGCUGACAAGACGUGUUACAGGUGUAACGACAAAGUACAGCGCCUUGAGCAGAGCAACCUUGGGACGGUGUUCAUGUGCACUUAUGGUGGGAGUCGCCAGGGCAAGGAUUCUUGUCGACGGACAUACCUGAGCCAGCGGGACUUGCAGGCCCACAUCACCCAUCGCCACCUCAAGGGCGCAGCCUCGGCAGCAGCUGCCGCUGCAGCAGCCUCGCAGUCGUCUGCGUUGUCGCACGGCCUGCCCUCUCAGCAGCAGCAGCAGCAGCAGAUGGCAGCAAUGGUGGCCAGCCACCCGCCGCCACCACAGCAUCUCAUGGUUCGCGACCCCCGGCAGCACCCGCCACCGGUGUCACAGCACCCACCCCCGCCCCUCGAAGUGUCUCGCGCCAGCGUCCUGCAGCAGCCACAACAACAGCCUCAGCAGCAGGCACCGCCCCCACCCCCCCAGAAGACCCUUCCACCCGAGUACCGAGACAUGCCGCCACCCGUAAUGGCAAGCCAGCAGCCGCCGCCGCAGCAGAUGGUGGCGCCGCCACCCCGGGCGUACCAGAGCCAGCAGAACCCCGCCGUCAGCCGACCCAACCUCAUCACGGUCCAGAUUCAGGACGACAGCCACAAGAGGGCUGCCGCAGCAGCCGCGGUGGCUGCAGCGGCGAGUGCCGCGACGACAAACAUGCCACCUCCGCAGAUGCCUCCCCCGCCACCGCAGUAUGCCCCACAGCCACCGCACAUGAGCCAACCGCCCCCACCCCAGCAGUCGUACCCGCCGCCGCAGGCUCCCGCGGCUCCGCCCAUGGCCUACAAUCCUUCGCAGCCUCCGUACAACCAGAGCAUGCCGCCGCCUGCCACGUACAACGCCUCGGCUCCACCACCUCCGCCGCCCCCGGCUCGUCCGCUUCCGCCGCAGUUUGUGCACCAGCCGCCACCCCAGUUCGCACACCCGCCACCCCCGCAGCCGCCACGAUUCACGACCGCCAUGCCGUAUGAGGAGCAGAGCCACCCACCCACGUUUCACUGGAGCAGCACGACCAGCAUGCCACCUCCGAGGCCCUCGUCGGUCAUGCCGCCCCGGCCCAUCACCGGACCACCGCCCCCGUCGACACCUCCAGGAGCCAUGAUGCAGCAGCGGACAUGUGCGGAGCCACAAUUUCCUUACUACAGCCAGUGAGCACACACCAAGGGCUGUAUGUUAGAGGUGUUCAUUGAUCCAUAAUGCCACUGCAUAUGUGAAAGGAAGCCAUAGCUUCCCCGCUGGAGCUAGUGAGUGCGCAAUUAAAAAAGCUGUAUCAUUCAGCGGUGCAUCUUG